AUGCCGAACACACCCGGCCAGGAAGAGGUCCAUUCCUUCAGGGAUUGGGCUUCUAAUCCUCACACACCCACACGAGGCAGUCCCGUUCCCAACGAAACCGGGAAUCACUUCUCCCAACACCACGAGCACCGACCAGAUAGCGGGCCGACUGCUUACGGGAAUACCCAAUAUCACGCCGGAUACGGUGAUGGACUCGCUACACCAUACAGCAUCUACGACGUUUCUCCGCACCCGGAUGCCUCAGUUGUCCCUCCUGAUUUGAUCUAUCAGCGGCAUGAUGAUGAGACCAAACUCCUACAGGAAAAUCAAUGGCAACAGCAGGCCAAAGGCACAUCCAAGCCACCUGGGUUCCCCUCCUGUCAUCAGGAGUUCAACAGCGCGACAGUCCCGACAAAGGCCCUCCAGUUGCGCCUGCUGGCUAUGGCGAUGGAGGAAAUCAUGGAACAUGUACCUAUGCCUACUCUUCGGCGUUGCAUGUGCUUCUUCCCAUCACUUUUAUUACUGGUCUCUCGACGGGCGGCCAGCCACGGACCAAAACAAGAUGAUGCGCUAUGGAACGAUGUUAGCCUUCGGAGCAAAAGCAGGCCUAAGCGCCGCGGUCAUCGUGGCUUUCAGACAGCGGGUAUGGACAACGGUUCGAAAACGGUUUAUGACUGUGGGCGCCUUGGAUGCCUUGUUCUCGGCUACGGAGGACUUACAGGCUGUGACGAGUUGGGAGAUGGUCCAAAGCGCAAAAGUGGCGGCGUUGCUAGCGGCAUAUGCUUGGCUGGCACCACUCGUGAGGUGCGGACGCUGAACCUUACAUUCGAAGAGACCUACGAGUGGCGGCAACCUCCAAAGAUUGACCGGCUAUUUGAGAUUCCCCUGUCUCUAUGGAAUACCACCAAGGAACCAGAGAAAGACACUCCCGGAUGGUUCGACUACUACACCGCACCCAGCCCUAGUUUCCAGAAUACAGCCACUAUUGGCUCCUUUCUCGAAGAGGCUGUCAUGAGAAGGAACGCACCUAUUGAAACUUGCGGGACUGGUUGGAACUGCUCUUUCGAGAUCCAAUUCAUUGCCCCAGCCUACAAGUGUACCGAACUGGGCAAUGGGGUUGAUUCCAUUGUCAACAACCUAACUCAAGAGUCCGGAAGUAUUGCGCCGCCCUUCAACAUGGACGUCCUCCUCCCCAGGGGCAAAUUCACCUACUACGCCUUCACCAGCGGCGGCGAAUACUCCACCACGCAAAUGAAAGAAGCCGGCAUUGGCGGCCGACCAACAAUGAAUCCCCCCUUUCCCAAGCACCUCGGCGCCUUCCGCACCGAGCCCAUCAUCUGGCUCGGCUACGUCACCCUCGCCGACGCGCUGGCCAAGGCCAACGACACCAGGGGCAACCUUCCGUCGGUGCCUUCCAACCCCUCCGACCCAGCCUGGAACACGUCCUUCGUCCCGCACAUCUUCGCCUGCGAGAACUACGAAUCCAACUACACGGUGCGUAUCAACUACACCGGUGCCGCCCAAACCACCACCGUGACCAACGUGACCUACCUCCGCCCCGUCAUCAACACAACUUACACCCCGCACAUCGACGCCAACGACGGCACCGCCGACAACGUCACCGCUACGCCCACCGACAACUACAUCCUCCCCACUUCGAUCCCGCAAUACCGGCGCACAGCCGCCUACCACUCGUUGGGGUUCAUGCUCCGCGACCAGAUCAACGGCACGGUGGGCAUCGGCGACGACCGCGACCUCGUCAACCCCAUCGCCAACACCAAGGCCAUCCAGACAAUGCGCCUCCUCGAUUUCGGAAACAACUACUUCCCGUACCCGGACAUCCAACAGCGGAUCCAAAAGUUUUACGAGGAUAUUAUCCUUUCGGUAUUGGGACAUCCCCAGUUUGCCAGCGUGGUCUGGGCGGCGAAGCCCGGGGAACAGUCUGGCGUGACGUUUAAUGCGCCGGACGCCAACCAGCCGUCGCUGUUGACAGACCAGCAGAGAGCUUAUUUGUACCCUUGCACCAAGUUUCGCAUGGCGCUCGUGUACAAGUUUAAUGCAAGGUUGUUGUGGAUCGUGUAUAGCAUCUCGAUUGCCCUGGCGGUGAUGGGCGUGGUGGUGGGGGCGCUGGCGCUGAGGGAAAAUGGAGGGGUGGUGAGAGAUACCAAGUUUUCGAGCAUCGUGGCGGCGACGAGGGGGAGCGGGUUGGGGAGGGUGAGAUGGACUGAUAGUAUCAAUGGCGGUGCUUCGGGUGGGGGUGAUACGGUGCCAGAGGAGGUUAGAGGGUGGAGGAUGGGGUAUGGGGUUGUUGAUGCUGGAGCUGGUGAUGGUCGGCUGGAGGUGGGAGACGGAGCGGGAGGGGGACGGACGGUGUAUGGGUUUGGGUUUGAAGGGGAUGUGAGGCAGUUGAGGAGGACGCCGAGUUUAGUACAGUUGACGACGUUGGGGAAGUAG